AUGGAUCUCAAAAGGAUUGUGAUUAUUUUUGCUUUGCCAAUGGUUCCUGCUUGUGCAAUUUGGAACUGCCUACGUGCCUCAGCUGAAGAAACCAGUCAAGAAGAAGGUAGUUCAAUUGCUGAACUUCAUGCUGACCUUCUUGAAACUAUCGCAUGCCGACUGAGUAUAGUUGACCUUCUGCGUUUCCGCUGCACUUGUAAGGCAUGGCGUUCUGCUUCUUUUAAUGUUUCAGCUGUAAUUGAUUCCAAAACAUACCAAACUCCAUGGUUUUUUCAGUUUUGUCUCGAAGGCGAAUUCAUGUUGUCGGACCCAUCAGAACAAGAUGAUUGUUACGAUAUAGAUAUCCCUGAGUUGGAGGAUGUGACUUGCAUUGCAUCCAAUGGAGGAUGGCUUCUUCUGUACAGAGAUGAUGGUUUGGUCUUCUUCUUCUGUCCUUUUUCCCGGGCGAGAGUAGACCUUCCAUUAUUGCCUCUACCAUUGCCUCGACUAUUGCUUCAUUCAGAGCUUCCUAAACUUGUUGCAGCAAUCUCAUCAUCUCCUACUUCUCAGGAUUGCAUUGUCUGUGUCAUUAAUCAUAGAAAUAGCAACACACUGGUGUUAAAUUUGAUUCGACGUGGUGCUACUGAAUGGACUACACAUGAGUAUCAUGACGGACUAGAGCACCUACGCACCAUUACAUGUGCCUCAUACUAUCACGGGGUUUUCUAUUUUAUGGACUCUAUGGAUUCAUUAGUGACCUUCUCUCCGGAAAAAAUAAAAUGGGUGCUUCACAAGAUAGUUGCUCCUACGUUACCAUUUGAUGCAGUAAAAGACUACUUUAGCACAAGAAGAAUGGUGGAAAAAUUGCUAUCACCACCACCAAUAGAUAUGUCAGUUUCAAUUUUCAUUUGUGGAACAAAGCUCACGGGUAUUGACCACGACUACUACAUUCACAAUGAGCAUUUCUUGCAAUUCGGCAAAGAGAGAGAUUUUGCUUACAUGUAUGGAGUAUGGAUCCAGCCUCGACUCCAUUACCUUCCUCCAAGUUAUAGUUGGUGA